AUGUUGACUAGAACGUUUAUACGAUCAUCACGACUUGUAUCGUUGGCUGAUGGUAGGAUACAGGCGAUCAGGAGAAUACGAACUGCGACAAAACAGAAGUUCGGUGCAAACAAUAGAGCACGACGAGUUUUGCUAGGAGCUACAACCAUCGGCGCAACAGGUGUCGCAUUAAUACCUUUUUUGAGCAAGAAGUUAGAAAGAAACAAUGUCGCUGAAGAAGCAUCAAAACUGGAGCAUUUCAAAAGAGAAGCAGAUACAUUAUACAGUGUUUACUUGAUCGAAAAUGCAUACAACGUCUUAAGGAGAUUUUCAUCAAGCAAUGAUCCACAAAUGUUAUGGAGACUGGCUCGCGUAUUGUGUGAAAAAGCUAAAAUGUCCAAGGACAAAGAUGAUAGAAAGCGGUUCAUGUAUGACGCUUUGAAAAUGGCUGAAAAGGCAGUUGAUAAUGAAGGUGAAGAACCUUGUUGGGAGGCUCAUAAAUGGUACGCCAUUGUACUGAGUUAUGUAUCAGAGUAUGAAGGUAUUAGAGAACAGAUUCGGCAGUCCCUCGAAAUUCGCAAGCACCUUGAAAAGGCACUUGAUGUAAAUUCUACUGAUGCAACCACUUGGCAUGCACUUGGCGUAUGGUACUUUACAUAUGCGGAUCUGUCGUCAUGGAAAGCUGCAAUAGUUAAGGCAUUGUUCGGAUCAGCCCCACCAGCGACAUACGGUGACGCUUUGAGAUGCUUCCAGAAAGCUGAGUUUAUCAAGCCAAAUUUUGAUUCUUCGAAUUUGUGGUACUUGGCAGAAGUAAAAACCAGACUUGGUCAAAAAGAAGAAGCUUUCGAACUUUAUAAAGCUGCAUUCAAAAUGCCAGUUAUUACCAUGGAUGACGGUGAUACUCAUGAUAAGGCCUACGAAAAAUUACGAAAGCUUGGCGUAAAGGAUUUCACGGAACUUUGA